CAGGGUGAGGUCGGCAUGUUGUCAUAUUUGGCCUUCGGCGAGCAAGUCCGGUGGCGUGAAGCGCAGCUUUUCGACCUCAUGCGCGAUGCAAUCCACCGUUGGCUGGACUUGUUCGGGAUUUCCCAAGACCACGCUUCACGAGGGAAGCACGAGGGGGAAGUCUGCGGAGCGAAAGAUGACAACGAGCAAGAACGUCGACGACUGGACGCUGAUUUCAGGCCUCAAGUUGUGUUCCAACGCGCAGACGUUACAGGAGGAGACCUUGGUCUCGAGCGGCAGGGGUGGAGCUCCAGGGUGGAGCGGCAGGAGCCGGAGCCCCCAAACAUCAAAGAGGAAGAGCAGGAAGCUGAAAUCACAGAGUUUCAAAUUACAGGCGUGAUUGUGAAGAGUGAAGAUGUUGACGAGCAAGACGUCAGUGAAGAAGAUCUUUACCUUCAGCAUCAGGAGCCCGACCCCCGGCGUGUUGAGGAGGAAGAGCACGAAGAUGGUUUCGCCCAGUUUCCGUUGACUGUCAUCGUCAAGAGUGAAAAGGGUGACGAAGACGCAUUUGAAAGCGCCCACUCACAGAUCCUCUUAGCUCCACUCUCAGACGGCGACGACGUGACAGCACACUCUCCUGACACUGAUGCCAAUGGUGAUGACAUGACAUGUCACACUGACAACAACAAACACUUGGCAUGUUCUCAGUGUGACAAAACUUUUUACAACACGUCCACGUUGAAAAGGCACAUAAGAACACACACCGGAGAGAAGCCUUUUGCCUGCUCCGUGUGUGCUAAAAGAUUCACUCAGAAGGGCCAUUUAAUAGCGCACACCAGAACACACACUGGGGAGAAACCCUUUGCCUGUUCGGUUUGUGGCAAAGGGUUUUCCAGAAAGGGAGAUUUAAGAAUCCAUUCGAGAACACACACUGGGGAGAAACCCUUUGCAUGCUCCUUUUGCGGCACAAGAUUCAGACAGAAGGGAGAUUUAAUAGCACACACAAGAACUCACACUGGGGAAAAACCUUUUGCCUGCUCGGUUUGCAGCACCAGAUUCACUCAGAAGGGACAUCUCAUCGCACACACAAGAACACACACCGGCGAGAAAACUUUUGCCUGUUCGUUUUGCGGUACCAGAUUCACGCAGAAGGGGGACUUAAGGAUACACAUCAGAACACACACCGGGGAGAAACCUUUUGCUUGCUCAGUUUGCAGCUCAUGUUUCAGCGUGCGCUCAACAUUGAUUCAGCACAUGAGAACGCACACGGGCGAGAAACCCUUUUCCUGCACCGUAUGCGGUAAGAGUUUCUCGAAAAAGACAAAUUUGACGGCGCACACGAGAACGCAUGCCGGCGAGAAACCUUUUGCCUGCUUAGUCUGUGGGAAAGGGUUCACUCAGAAGGGGCAUUUGAUGGCACACACGAGAACGCACACGGGGGAGAAAACAUUUGCCUGCUCCGACUGCGAGAAAAGAUUCACUCAGAAGGAACAUUUGAUAUCACACGUAAGAACGCACACCGGCGAGAAACCAUUCAGUUGCGGCGCGUGCGAGAAAAGAUUUCAUGUUAAGCGUCAGGUGAAGAGACACAAGUGCGCCGGCGUGAAGGUGCCCAUUGGAUCUGCCGAAUGAGCUCGAAGCAGUGGGGCUGUGUUGGGAGUCGUUGACGCCUUCCCCAGUCAUUCAUCGCUUUCGAAGGAUUUUUAUGUUCGUGAGCUACAGGGUCAAGUUCACUCGCUAAGUCGAAAAUGGAAACACAUCGUUUGGAGAGCACUCAGAGGUUUUUUUUUUGAGGGGGGUGUAUGGGUGCUGUAUCCACUUGACAGUCAACAGACCUUGCUUCUUUCCAUUUUACGUUCCUCUACUUUCUUUUCUUCGUUCUUGCCGCUUUUUCUUGCUCAAUGAUGAAGUGGCAUUCUUCAUCCAUCCCGCAUGAAGAUAUCGACAUUUUUCUCAAUACUCCAUAUUUGAAACAAUGUCAAUGUCGUCAUGAAGUUUCAUGUGAUUUGUUUUGUUUAGCGGGAGCUUGUCAGCACACACUGACAACGGAACAGAGCAGCAGGAACAUCUUUUCUUUUCAAGUCGUACACCGGACCUUGGCUAAGAUGAAGCCAGGUGUUAUUCGCAUGCUUUGAUAACAUCGGCGCUCCGAGACAGAUGAGCCCAAGCCCGCGCGGGGAACUGAACGGGGAGCACUUCACGGACGUGAACAAGAGAAAGGCCAAAUAAGAAGAAUCGUCAAAAGUUCCCCCAAAAUGAGCCGCGCUGGGGCAGGCUUUAAAAACUGCCGUCUGAGAGCACUUUGAUUCUUGCUUCCUGUAAAUAAAAUUGUCUUUGUCCUACCA